AUGCACAGCUUAACUUCAGUCGCCAGACUACGCCUUCACCAAAAGAUUUGGAGGGAGAUCCGUCUCGGAACGAUUUCUGUGCAAGCACGAUGGGGCUCGUGUGAGUGGCAAGUUAGCUCAUUUGGUCGUGUCAGGUCUUCAACUGGUGUGGUCAGUUCUGGUCAUGCGACGGAUGCUGGGUACCGCCGAGUGACGAUAAAUCGCCGGCAGUACUACGUCCAUCGGCUGGUGGCUGCAGCUUUUUUGGGCCCUUCACCAGAUCCGAGUAGAUGGCAAGUCAACCAUGUGGACGGCGACGCUGCCAACAAUGCUGUGACCAACCUGGAAUAUGUAAGUCCUGCCGAGAACCAGCUCCAUUCCUUCCAAACCAACCGAAGUCGGAGACGUGCCGGAGACCGCCUUGGGAAAGCAGUCUUAUGGCGCCCCACUGGGCAAGAGUCUUGGAGCUUGUGCUCAUCUCAGGCGGAGACUGAAAGGCUUUUGGGGUUUGGUCGCGACACUGUCGGUCGGUGUUUCCGAGGCGCACAGCCCACUUCUUCUGCCAAUGGUGUGUGCUACGAAUUCAGACCUGCAAAUGCACCGACCACCUCUCAAGAAGAAGGUGAACUUUGGAAGGUUGCUCGCUACCCUGGCAGGCCCGAUGCAGUCCCAAAUCUAACAGUCAGCAGCCACGGAAGAAUCUGGUCUCAAACGUGGCGACAGAACACAACAGUAACUCAGGGCACCGAAGAUAGGCAAGGAUAUUUCCGUGUCAGAAAGGCAGGCUGCCUCUUUCUGGUACACCGCUUAGUGGCUGCUACAUUUCUUGGACAGCCAGGGGACGCAGGUUUAUACGUCAAUCACAUAGACGGCGAUCGUGGAAACAAUCAUGUUCACAACUUGGAGUAUGCCACACCAUCUGAGAACAUGAAGCAUGCCUAUGCUCUGAUGCGAACGGACGGGCAGGCCCCCAAGAGUAGGAACGGAAAGGCUGUGCUGGCGAAAGAGAUUGGGUCCCAUGAAUCCUGGCAGGCAUUUGAUUCAAUUUCAGCUGCAGCUCGGCACACAGGCAUCAAGGUUGUUCACAUCUCUCAAGCUUGUAGAGGGCUGCGCGGAUACGCUGGCUCCUGCGAGUUCAAAUUUAUGCCACAACAGCAACCAGUCUUGGGAGAAGAGUGGCGACCUGUUGUUCUGGAAGGGGCCCGCAUCGCAGUCUCACAGCAAACAAAAUAA